UUCCACAUGAGAUGCACGCGCACCCAGUGGGAAUCUGAAAUGAAUUAUUAACCUUAAAUCUUCAGAAUGGCUUUCGAAAUACUGCCACCUUCACCUAAUUGGUAUUUGACUAGUGCUAGUUCUUGUAGUGAAGACGGAACUUUAGCUUUUGCUACAAAGUCGUCAGUUUUGCUUCUUGAUGUGACCGUUUCCCCGCCGACAUUUGCUGGAAGUUUGAGUGGGCACGCAGAGCGGGUAACGUCUGUCGCUUUCCGCCGAACUGUCGGCGUCAGCGAUGGAGAUGCACGUCUGUGUGCUAGUGCUGGAGAUGAUGGAAUUAUAAAAAUUUGGGACACGAAAAACAAAUCUGUUCUAAGCGAGAAAAAAUGUCAAGAGAAUAAAAUCACAGCACUGGAUUGGUCAAGGGCUAAUACUGACAUUGUAGUAGCAGGAGAUGAGAAAGGUUAUCUUAUCUAUUGGGACAUCAAAUCGUCAAAGAAAGAUGAUGCAAAGCUGCUGAGACCAGAGAAAGGUUGUAUUUACAGUCUCACAUGCAGCCCUCAUGAUAGCAAGAUUGUUGCACUUGGGUAUAGGGAUGGAAAGAUUCUUAUUGUUGAUGCACUUUCCAAGAAGAACCAAGUUCUUCAGCAUCUAAGAGGUCAUAAUGAUGAGAUUCAAUCCAUAGCAUGGGCUCCAUUCCUUGGAGAGGAUGCAUUCCUGAAGAAUAAAUCAGAUGAUGAAGACUCUGACAAACAUACAGAACCAGGAUGCCUCCUAAUAUCAGGGAGUAGAGACAAGACCAUUCGUGUAUGGAGCACCAGUCAGGGUAGACUUCUCAAGGUCAUGAACCUUCCCCCUCGAGGAGGAGGAGGUCAACGACCCAGAGAUCGAGGAGAUGAAGGUGGGAUGAAAUCAAGGGUUUGGGUGUCCUUAUAUUGGCCUCAAGAUAAGCCAUCCAAACUCGUAUCAAGCUCACAUGGUGGUGAUGUGAUUGUAUGGGACCUGAGUAAACCAAGUCAGCCUAAAUGGGAGAUACUUGGAGGACCGGGAGAUUGUACUCAUCAGCGAUCGGUCUUUAACGUCUCUGGUAGACAAGGUGACCUUGACAGGGUCAUUACUACAUCUAUGGACAGACAGGUGAUUUGCUGGAACCUGGUGACCCUUCAGUCCGAGUGGAGUCUUCCAACGUUUGGUGGAUUUGUCUAUUGUAUAGUACCUUCACCCCUAGACCCUGCUAGACUUGCUGUAGGUGUAGGGGAUAACAUGAUACGGGUCUGGAAUACUGGGGCUAGAGGCAAGGUCUUUGAUGUCAUCACAUUGUGGCAGGGGAUCAAGUCAAAGGUCACAGUGGUAUCCUGGCAUCCUACCAGGGAGAACUCUCUAGCCUAUGGUACAGAUGAUGGAAGAGUUGGUAUCUUCAACGUCUCUGUUCCCAACAAACCACCUCAACAGUUCUGGACUUAUCACAAGAAGACAAUCUACUCAUUAUGCUGGGGACCUCCAUGUCCCAAACCAAGUGGCAAUCAUUCUCAGUCCCACCAUAUUUACAGCUGUGGAGGUGAAGGGUUAGUUUAUCAACAUAACCCUACCAAACUAGAACAGGAAAGUGUCAACAUCAAUACCCUCAUCAAGCAGACAAACAAUUACAAGCAUCUCCUGCCUCAGAGGUCUGAUGUUACUUGGAGAUCAGAUGGAAAAGCUGUUGCCAUUGGAAAUGAGGAUGGGUCAAUUGAAGUAUUUGCUUCUCCAGACCUCCAUCACCUCUGCACCAUUCAUGUCCAGGGUAAAAUCAUUAACUGUCUCAAAUGGUAUCCUUACUAUGAAGAAACCAGCCAAUCAGAGUCUGGGAAAUUCAAAACUAACCAAUCGGAAUUGAAGGAAGCUUUACCUGACAAUCAUCAAGAAGCAACAGGGCAAACAGCAUCAGAGGAAACUCACAAAGAAUUUGAAGAUCUGGAUGAUUGUGAUCCAAGAACAGAUCCUGCUAUGAAUGGGACUGAGAAAUUGUCUAAGGAGACUGGUGAUAAUUUCUCCCAUGAAACUGGUGUAAUUUUAUCUGAGAAAACUUGUCAAUCUCAGGACUCUAGCGAGAGCUCAUCAGAAAAGACUGGUAUACCCCAGGAUUCUAUUCAGAGCUCAUCUGAGAAGACUGAUGUACCUCAGGAUUCCAGUGAGAGUUUGUCUGAGAAGACUGAUGUUGAUGGUCAGUCAGAGAGGAGGUAUUGGCUUGCAUCAGGGUCUAAUGAUUAUGAGGUGGAGAUUUAUGAUUUGUCAAGUGUUCUUGGUAAAGAAGGAAAGCCUUUGACUGUACCAAUAACGUCCAGCUAUCGCACACUGACCGGUCAUACAGGAAGGGUCACUAAUAUGACCUGGAGCCCACAUGGUGAUGGUCGACUUGUCUCUACGUCUUAUGACAACUCAGCUCAGGUUUGGGACGUCUUGAAAGGAGAACCGAUAGCAAACUUCCGAGGUCACAUGGGUCGUGUGUUCUCCUGCGCUUGGUCUUGUUUUGACCCAGAUCUCAUCAUGACGGGAGGGGAGGAUUUCUGUCUCAUGAAAUGGAACGUGUCAAAGGUCAAUCAUACCAAACCUCCAAAAAGCAGCAGGAAGCCUUUCAAAAGAGCUGGAAAGAAAGGAAAGAAACCACAACAAAACAAGAAUAACCAAGAAGGGAAUACUAAUAACGAUAUUGUCUUGGCAACAGGAUUAUCAGAAGCCACUGAUGAACAAAGCAAGGUUGAUGAACCAGUAUCAAACACAGAGCUGAAUGAUGGAACUCUACCAGCCAAUCAAACUGAAGGAGAUACCAUGUCAAGAGGAGGAGAAGUUGAGGAUGCUAGACAGUUACUGGAGAGGAAGAAACAAGAACUAUUAGCUCAGGUUGAGGAGAUUGAGGGAAGGAUUGGAAGAGAAAAGGAAGAACAAAGGGAAGAUGACCAAGCUACUUCUGUUUCUGAGCCAAAUGAACAAGAAUGCAUAGUUAGAGAGAGAAGUGAUGCUCUGUCAGCCAUCUUAGAUCGAUUAGCUCCCAAAGAAGAAGAAAUUGAAAGAGAUCAAGACAAAGGUACAUUCAAGGACAUGACUGUACCUGGAUCAAAGAAAGGGAGACACAAGAGAUUCAAAUCUUUGUUUCCAUCCAACGCUGGUCAGGAUAACAGAGGGAAAGCAUUCCUUCAACAAGAUUGUGUUCAAUUAGCCAAUCUCAAACAAGGGUCAAGCAGUAAUGAGAUUUCAGACCAACCUCCCCUCCAUAUUGGUUUGUUCGUUGACCGGAAGAUGGCAGUUAAGAUGCUUAAUGAUGAAGUAUGUCAGCAUGAUCAGAAUGGUAGUUAUGAUCAGAGAUAUCAGCUUCAUCUAUGGAAAGGUAACAUUCUUCAAACACUUAGGGAGGCUAUCAAUAAAGGACAGCUUACUGAUUGGCUGGUUGCUAUGGCUCCCCUAGCUGGACAUGAUGUAUGGCUACAGACCUGUGAUGCCUACGCUAAGCAGUUAGAAUCUCAAGAUCAGAUUCAUCGUGCUGUCUCCUUCUAUCUUAUCAGUCAUCAGGUCUACAAGGCGAUUGCUAUCCUUAAAAAGAACUCAAUGUUCAGGGAUGCAAUCACUCUAGCCCAAGUCAGGUUAUUGCCCUCUGACCCAGUUCUUCAUGACCUUUACUUGGCCUGGGCUAACCACCUUGAAAGUAGCAACAGCUAUGAACCGGCAGCUAGAUGCUACCUUGCCCUGAACCAGCCUAUAAAUGCUAUAAAGUUACUAGCCAGGAAGGGAGAUGUGACAGCUCUUGGAACAGCCCUGCAUGUUGCCAUCUUGUCUGGCUGUACAGAGGAAGGGCUAGUAGUAUCCAUAGCAACUAGAUUCCUUAACCUCAGUCUUUUGACUGGUCAAUGGAAGCAGGCUCUUGAUAUCUUCUCACUUGACAAGAAAUAUCAGGCGUAUGCAUCACUUGUUAUGAUCUAUGAGCUUCUGGUUUGCUGUUUGACUCAUGAAGGAUACCUUACAUUGGAUCAUGAUAUCAGCCAUACAGACAUCUAUACUGAGAGCAUUCCUGAUAUUCAAUGGAAAAAGCCUAGUGAUAAUAGUUGUAUGUGGUCAGUUCCCACAUUAGAUGGGGCUCCGUUGGUGAAAACAAUGCUUGCUAGAGCAGGAUUGUCAUGUGAUCAGUCACAUGAUCUACAGCGCCUGAGGGAUCAGACAUCAUAUGACUUGGCUCAUGAUAUCAACAAGGUAUUGAGAUGCGCUGCACAGAAGAUAUUGCACGUUCUUAGUUCAUCCGAUGAGGUGAUGAUGGGUCAUGUUGUAGAAGCCUUGGAGCUAUGUCAUACAUCAUGUCAUCCAGCGGUAGCAAUAGGUGUCCUGCAGCUUACCAUGUUUCAAGGUGAGGAGUCUGUGAUGAUGUCAAGUGACCAACAUGAUAUGAACCCAAAACUGCUUAACCUCAAAGCUCAAUUCAGAGUCACUCAACUAUAUCACUUGAAGACAAGAAUGAAAACUUCACGGUCAUAUGGACCAUCAGGAUUGGACAAAGGUAAAGAAUUACAGGAUGAUGGCGUUUUCAAGGGUUUGCCUGGAAAACAAGAUGGACAAGCAGGUGAUGAUGUCAUCAAGGAACAAGAAACCCAUGAUGAUAGCUUGAUGUUGAAUCCCAGAACUGAACGAUAUCUUUUCCAGAGUGGCGUCCUCAGGGAUUCAUCAUGGACAAUGUCUUCAUCGUGCCUUGUAGAAUCACAAGAUGACUGCCCCUCAAUGACAUCAGAAUCCUUUCAUGCUGCUAACCAGGGUCUGACACAAGAACAGUUGGUUGAUACAAUUCUUAGCAGGAUUAGUGGAAUACAAGUCCCAGCCUUGCUAUGUGAGAGUUCCAAAAUAGAACAGGAAAGGAGUAUGAAUGGUAUUGAUCAUGGAAGAAGUUGUCCUUAUGAUGUUACAGAAAGCCCAACACUUAUUGGUACCUUGCCAACCUUGACCACCAAACCAACCUCUGAAGCAGGUACUGCUACAGAGAGAACAUCUUGUAAAGUCCUGCCAUCUGAUAUCAGAAGUGAGAAAUUGGCCGGUAGCAAUAAACAAUGCUCUCAAACAGCUGAACAAAUAAACCAUGAAGCAAUUGAAGGAACAGCAAAGAAUGGACAGCAUUACUGGGCUGGUGGCCAACAGCCAUGCCUCCCUGACAAGGAUGCUCCCUUGAUAAGUUCCAUGAGAAGUAUCCUGAUAAAUGAACUACCUUCUGUCCUCAGUAUUCUAUAUUCAAAGCUCCUCCAGACUGAUUCAUGCAAAGAAACCAAGCAGUGAUACCAUGGAACAGAACGUAUCUGAAGGAGAGAGAAAGAUAAAUGGCAAGCGAGACAGAAUGCAAUGCAGAGGCUUAUAUAUUUUUUUUAGUUUAUGUGAAAAGGAAAUCCUUAUCCACUGAAAUCAUUUACAUUUAUAUCGAGAUCCAUCCACUCCACUGCCAAAGUGAAACAUUGACGAUUACGGGAGCCUAUCAACUGUUAAAAUCUUCUCAAAUAAAGUGUGCUAUUUGGGGAAAAAGCUGAGCAUGGGGAUGAUUGUGUCCUAAAUCUUACUGAUUUGUGAGCAGUCAGUAACUUUUCAGUUCUCUUUUCUUAUGCAUACCUUUACUCCAUGAAAUAAUAUAUUAGUUGGGUUAAGUUGGGUUUCACUUCAGUUUAUUGUUUCCAAGAUUUGAUUUGCCGCAAUAAGAGGUAGCACAAUGUUCCUUUAUACCUUAAGAAGAGUCAAAUGACUGCAGAAAGUAAUACAGGAGUCUUGUUUUUUUUAAGAGCGGAGUGCAAAACAAAAAAGGAUUGUUGCAUUUUAAGCUUUAUUGAUAUGAAUUAUUACUGUUAUUCCAAGAUGAGAUUUUAAUUUGAUUUUAACAAAAAAUUGUAAAAUCAUGUGCAGCCCAUAUUACAAAUUCAAAUUAUGAUACAUUAAGAGUGUCUCUCAUUAAUUUUGGAUAACUCUACAUUAUUUUCAUUGGAUGUACAGGAAGAUUUUAGUUAUAUAUCAAGUAUUUUACUAAUUUAUUUAAGUUUACAUACCAGUUAACCUGUUUGUAUGGAUAUCACAGACACCAUUCACAGUAUUUUGUUUUCAUAAGCAUGAUGAUCCAGUUGAGGUACCGAUAGAUUUUUUCAGCAUUGUUUUAAAAUAGAGCAUCAAAUGAAAAUACAGUCGCUUGAAAAUAAGAAUGGGGUUUAUUUGUCCAUUCGAAACUUUAAGAGGUUUGUAAUAUGAAAUUAUACACUAAUUUCCAGACUAAAUUAUGACAAGGCAUUCACCAUCUGAUGAACAGGAUUAUGAUCUUUAAAUAAUGCUCAGUACAUAUCUAAUAAAUAUUUACUCAGCAUUAUUUCAAGAUCACACAUUUUAAUUUAGGGGAUAAUUUCUAUUAACUUUGCAAUAUGCAGAAAGGUAGACUUAAAAAUCCACAUUUCAAUUUGGCACAAAAAUUCAGUUGAAAUACAAUAAAGUCUUCUCAAGUUAACUUUCCAUACUGUAGGUUAGAUAACCGCCUCCCAAAUGGAAGCAAUGAUUCAGACUAAAUUAUACAAAACAUGUAAUUAUGUCUUUUAACAUUUAUUAAAUUUUUCUAAAGGUUAAAGAUUUUUGUGGUCUCCUGAUUUAGCUUAGGCAGAGAUACCAGUAUGUUGUGUCUGUCAUAUUUAAAGAUAGAAAAGAAAAGGGCAACUCAUCUGUGUGAUUUCAAUAAAUCGAAAAGAUUUUUUUUCAGAAUUGUAUA